CCAAACAGCACCCCCCUCUAUCCAUUGACUCCCGCCCACCCCGUCACGAUGCUCUCGCGCUCUGUUCUCCGCCGGGGCGCUCUACGGUGCCAGUUCGCACAGCCCGUGCAAAAGCGCUACCUUGCCGAAGCGGCAUCAGGGUCGUUCCAGUAUCAGACCGGCGAUGCCAGCGGAGUCAAGAUCGCCAGCAGAGAUCUCGCAGGACCUACAACUACCCUCGCCUUGGUGGCAAAGGCUGGCACGAGAUACCAGCUGCUCCCUGGGCUAACGGAGGGCCUGGAGAAAUUCGCAUUCCGGGGCACGGAACGGCGGUCUGCGUUGCGCAUUGUUCGAGAAUCCGAGCUCCUGGGCGCCGAAUUGGAAUCCUACCACUCCCGGGAGAACCUCGUCAUUGGAGCCAAGUUCCUGCGAGACGACCUCCCAUACUUCGUCGAGCUCCUCGCUGAAGUUGCUUCCUCAACGAAGUACCUCCCCCAUGUCUACACCGAGGAAGUGCUCCCUCUCAUCCAGCUGGCCCACAAGAAGUUUUUGGCCAGCCCCAAGGCGAUAGCUCUCAGCUCCGCACAUAGCCUGGCUUUCCACCGCGGUCUGGGCACACCCGUGAGCCCCGCGUCUUCCACGCCGUACACGAAAUACCUAGCCGCCGACACCAUCGAGUACUUCUCCCAGUUCGCCUACGCAAAGCCCAACUUCGCAAUCGUUGCCAAUGGUGCCGAGCACGCCGACCUCUCGAAAUGGGUCAACGAGUUCUUUGGUGGCGUGUCUGCCAAAGCCCCGGAGGACCUGCUUCAAUCUGUUCGGGAUAAACAGAGCAAAUACUACGGUGGAGAGGAGCGUAUCGCACACGGCUCCGGCAACUCGCUAGUCCUCGCUUUCCCCGGCUCAAGCUCCUUCACCGGUGGUUUCUACAAGCCCGAGAUCCAGGUCUUGGCUUCCCUCCUCGGCGGCAAAUCCAACAUCAAGUGGUCAUCUGGUUUCUCGCUCCUCUCCAAGGCCGCCGCCAGCCCCGGCACCAGCGUAGAAACCAAGAGCGCCAUCUACUCUGACGCCGGUCUUCUCUACAUCAACGUUAACGGCACAGCAGAGAACGUUUCGGCCACCGCCAUUGAGGCCGUCAAGACCCUGCACAGCAUUGCAGGUGGCAAGAUUGCUGCUGAGGAUAUCAAGAAGGCGAAGGCCGCCGCCAAGUUCCAAGAGCUCGAGACAGGCCAGGACAUCAGCGCUGGUCUUGAGCUGACCGGCUCUGGAUUGAUUCACGGCAGCAAGGCGUACCAGCUCGAUGAGACAGCGAAGGCUAUCGAUGGUGUCACGGAUGCUCAAGUUAAGGCUGCCGCCAAGACAUUACUCGAGAGCAAGGCAUCGGUAUCAGCAGUCGGCGAUCUCUUCCUUCUGCCGUACGCGGAGGAUCUGGGACUCAAGGUGUAAAUAUCAUAUAGAGAAAAGAGCGGGUUGCCUGUUUGCUGAAGGGUUGGCUGGUCCUGAGUGUACCAUUAUCCUGUGAUUAGUCCAGACUAGAAAUGUUGUACUUGUGGCACAUGAAUCGAAGUUUUCUUGAGUUCGUUACGAGCGUUUCAUAUGAUGUGAUGUUGGUACAUAUACACAGGGUAU